GAUGAAAGCUUCCUACUUAGUAUCCUCAUGCAGAAAGAAGAUUCACGAGGAAAUAUAGGUUUGUGUUGACUACAUUUCCUUGCUCUUUAUUUACUGGCAGUUUAAUACACAGAGGCACUAACUUGUGAUCAUAAGUCAAGAGCAGAACUUACAGUGUACAUCAAACUAAUACUAAAAGACUGAAAGUAACUUUAGGUAUCUCAGAGGCACCCAAUGGCCUUUUUUUGUUUUAAAAUACAUGUUACAGCUGUAACUGUUCGAAGGAGCAAAUUGUACCACUUAAAAGUCUGCUUAGAGAGGUUCAACGGGAAUGAAUUUUGUUUCACCACAAAAUUUCUUUCUCAAACUCCAAAUCAAUUAAUAAUAUUUUUAAGAGUGCGUUAAUUGACUCGUAAUUAACUCUGAAAGUGAAGAUGUUACAUUCUUUAUUGGAGGUUUGAUUUAUUUUAAAUCCUUAUUGUUAAGGGUAAGAUUCCUGUGAGUUACACAUAUGUAGAAGCUAUGGAAAUGUUUGGUGGUUAGUGAGAAGAAAGCGGUAUUCCUGGUGGCAACAAGGGAUAAUCAAUUUAAUCUGGAAAUCUCAGAGUCGUGUAUGGGCUUUUUAUGAGUAGCAAAGUCUUGUUUUGUGUGUUUCUUUCCACUUUGGAUUUGGAGACAUUUUGGUUCAAGUGUUUUUCCCAGUUUCUGAACAAGGUCUUGGUGAGGGUUACAACUUGGUGUUACGGAGCACAAGUUUAUGGUAAUUAGUAUAUGCAUAUAUCAUGGUUUACAGAUAAUUAUUAGCAUAUACUAAUUAGAAUAAAUUCAUGCUCCAUAACACCAAAUAAUAACCUUGGUGAGCAUCUCAGUGAGUCUUAGCCUCUAACAGUGAGGCUAUGAUGAUAGUGUGACUAUAAGUCGCUUAUCAGUUACUGUUGUUGUGUAUGUUGUAAUUUGAAUAGAAGUCAAUUUCCUUUUCCAUAGGUCUGUACAUAGCUUUUUAUCUGUGUGUUAUGGCAUGUUAUUCCAUUAUGAGCGUACCAUAUAAUGGAUUAAUAGCUGAUUUGACACCUUCAUUUCAAAGAGGUAAGUUGUACACAUACCAUGUGGCAAUGACUUAGAACUGUUUGGUUAUUUUUAAUCUGUUAUUUAGUAGGGGUUGCUGUCAACUCUCAGAAAAAAAUUUUUAGAAACUUUUGAUGCAAAUUAAUAAUAUUACUUAUAACUAGGUAAAGAAUAAAUUCGAAUUUAAAUAAAAUUAAAUGCUUUUAAACUAAUAGAUACAUGUAUGUUCUCUGAUACUGUAGUUGUUUAAUAUGGAAAAAUGUUUAACUGUAUGUACAUGUAUGAAUAAAUGAUGUCAAAAGUUACUGAAAUUUAGUAAAUCACCGCUAUUGUUAUUCAUCCAAAAAAUUUAAGGUGAGUAUUACAGUGUUCUUGACCUGACUACUGGAGUUUGCACAUUGUGCAAAACCCUGCUAGUAUAAAAGAGAGAAAAAUACUGCAUAAAUAAUAAUGAUGAAAGAAAAAUACAAUGUCGCUAUAAUAAUAUGUGAAAGUGAUUUUUCAACAAAGUUGACAAGCAACAACCUACACCACAGAGUUUAAAGUGAAGUUAGUUUUUGGAAACAUUUACUAAAACCAAGUUUUAAAGAGAAUAUAAUUAAAAACACCAAUACUCUGACCCGUACUUGACUUUUGAGUUACUUUUGUAGUGAUAAUGCCUUUUAAAUGUAAAUUAAAAACAAUUCUUAUAAAUUGAACUUAAAACAAUAAUCACAGGCUUUAGUUCCGGUGUGAUGGGGGCCAUGACAUUAGUUGGAAAUGUUACUGGAGCACUCAUUGGGUUUUUCUUUCCGGUGAGUAUUUACUUUGCACAACUAAUCAAUCUAUCACAAAACAACAAGAUUGAAUGUGAAUUGCUAUAUAAUUCCUUCUGAAAGAUGGAUUAAUAUUUGCUGAUAAUAAUGUAGCUAUAAAGAAGACAAAGUGAUAAUCCCAAACUUUAAAAUAGUUCAUUAUAUUUUCGCACAAUUGGAAGACUGGUAAACAUUUAAACUAUUUCUAAUUGAAUUAUAACUGAUAUGAAACGUUUUUAAAACAGAGAAGUGAGUUACUUUCAUUGUUGAGAGUGUCCAUACUGCAUGAAGUUUCAACCUCAGCGGAUUCUAGACUAAAACUUUUGAGAUCUAAUUGAUGAAUCUUUUCCAACUCAGGAGGAACCGUAAAAUUUUGACAUCAUUCUGAGAUCUAUAACUAAGAGUGUAAACAAUGCGAUAAUCAUUUCAAAAUAACGCUGAACUUUCUGAAUGCCCAAUUCAGGUGAAGUUUUUUGGCAAUUUGCUCAUACGUGAAAAUAAAUACACAUAACGGUGAAAUAUUGGAGUUGAUUCAUUAAUUUUUUAUUAAAAAUGCUAUUAAAGAAGUAAUUUAUCAAGCUUUCCACACAUAUUGAAAGAGAUUGAUUAACCCUUUAAGUCCCAAUAGUGACCAAGAUCAAUUUUCUCUUAACGAUAUCCAUACAUUGUCAAGAGAUUUGAUCAUGAGAAUUAAUAAAAUGAUCACCUACUGUUUUUUCUUUGAUCUUUUAUCAAAUUCUCUCAACUCAUUCUUUAAGGAAAUAUAUAAAGAUCAGUUUGGAGAAUUUGUAUGUGGAUAUUAGGGCUUAAAGGGUUAAGUAUGGGUUUGCACCCAACUGGGCACAGAGUGCAGUGGUACCUUGCAACCUUGUCUCCAGCGGUUUUUUCCCUUAUAAAAUUGGAUGCUCCCAGUUUGUAAGGGAAUACCCUGGGAAUGAGUGGAACGUGAAACUAUUUACACCUCGACUGAGUGAACUUGUAUUGAAACGACUUUGUAUCGAAACGACCAAUACCCCGUACUUUAGACUAGUUUCAAUGCAGAAAUGGAAUAAAACAAAAGAAUCAUCCUGCAAUUCAGAGAUAAAAAAUCCAUUUAAUUUGUUUCACCAGUACUUGUUCAUGACUUGGAGGCAAGUAUGAAUUUCGGUCCAAAAGGACAUGACUUACCCGAGGUCUUUCUCUUUCACCCUGUUUUAGAAAAUUGGAAUUGUGGGUACAUACUCACUGGUGGCUGUGCUGUACUUUAUAUGCGUGUUCCUCACAGUGGUGUCAUGUCCUGAGCCCCCCAUAAACGUGACCCAUAAGCCCAUUGGUGAGUAAUGGAGUGUUAUUGUACAGUGCACAACAUGUAUCAAAUCUGGCUUUGUUUCACUUGACGUGAAAUUAAAUGUCAGUUGGUGUCACUUCUGUUAUUACACAUUGGUAAUUCGACUAGAGACAGGAAUCCAUAAAAGUGGAUAUGAGGUGCAUUAAGUAACCAAUUUCUUCACUAUGUGCUUUAAAGAUCAUAAAUAUCAUGCUUUCUCUUAGGGUGAGAAGUUACUAUCAGGCCUGCAAGUAUUUUUUUUCCUGAAAAAGGACAAGAUGUCUUGAAAAGGACAGAUAUCUGAUGAGGUCACCAUUUAACUUUGACAAACCAGAAGAGUUGUUGGACAUACAUUAUGUUGACUUUUUAUUUUUGUUAUUGGUUUGAAAAUCUUCAGCUACAAAGUAAUGUGAUAGUCUUAAGUACCUGAUCUGUCCAGGAUACAUGUAUUUGUAGUUCUGACUUUAACUAAAUUUGCUGUGUUUUUUGCAUUAAUUUCUCGCAUAUGUGCAUAGAUGUGCCGAUUUGUUUUUUCACUUUUACUUCGUAAUACAGAAGUGUACAAAAAGUAAAAUGUAAAUGUUGUUUUUUUAUAGGGUUGAAGACUGUAUUUUUAGCUUACUGGGAGCCACUGAAAGGUGAGUGAAAACAAAAUAUAACGUGAGCAGUUUGCAAUCAUGUGUAUGUGUGAUAUAUUCUAAUAUGCUCUUUUUUGUUGUUGUUUUUCAACAGAGAGAGAUUUUAGAUGGGUGUUUCUCACCAGAUUUCUCAUGCAGCAAGGUGUUGCUACAGUAACUGGGUAAGCCUGCCUGCUAGAUCUGCCUUGUUCCCAGUCGCUCUUGAUCUCUUAUGUUGAAGAGAAGUGAGAGACGAGAAGGGAAAAAAAUUUUUCUUCCCAUCAUUUCCCGCUCGUGCUCCACGCUCGUCCCACGCAAUGAAGUCCACGCGUGCCGCUUCGCCUUCUAAAGGCCUGGGGAGGAAGCAGCUGGUGGAUUGACAAUUCACGACUCGGGUCUUUUUCAUGAGACAAAUGUAGUCUGCUGUCAUCCAUCCGUUUUUCAAAAUUAUAAACACCUUUAUCAAGUUUUAACAGAAACCCAUAAGGGGUUGUUCAACCCCUUAUGAGUUUCUGGUUUUAAUUAGCAACCAAGUCUAUUUAAAAAGUUUAGUUUGCCCCAUAGAACUAUAUUGCAUUUCCUUGAUACUUUUUAACCUUAGUGACUGUUAUUUAACCAGAGUAAACCGAUGUUAACAAUAUUCUGUGUACUUUUUGAUGACUUUUCUGUGUGGUGAUUUUCAAAAUUUUAAUCUUCAAUCAGCAAAUGGAUUGCGGAGUUUGACGCACUUUUUCAUCACUACUUUGACGAAUUUCUCUGGGAGUGCCCCGUCCGAGAUCCGCCUUAAUUUUGUUUGCUUUUGUUUGUUUAUGAACUCAACAGGUUUUUAGAGUUUUGGCUAGGAGAUAUGGUGAAUUUACCAAACUGCUGGUCACCUGAGCGAAGUGUUGCAAUGCUUUUGUUACCGAUGCUGUUUUCUGCUGCGUUAUUGUAAGUCCGGGGCACUUAACAGAACCUAGGAACAAGGAAAACUCACUCGUUCACUUACAAGUUUGUUCAAUUUGUAAAAACUUGAACGUUAAUAAGAUAAUAAUAAUAAUAUUGAUGUUAAUGGUAAUGAUAAGUGAUUGAUAGGGAAAAUGAUAAUGAUAAAGAAAAGCACCGGGGAGGCUGCACAACGUUACCCUCGAAGGUUAGGCUUGAUAUCAUGCACCCAGUCUUGAAAUCAAAAAUUAAAUGAUCAGGUACUAUUAUCUUUAUCAUUGAACUGAUGAGGCCAAGUAUGAUAUGAAGUAAUAUGCAGAUGAGGGCGAACAACACCCUCUUAGAAAAAAGAUGCAAGUAAGAACUUAUCGUGGCAGAAAUGGCAUUCAUGAAAAUUUUAGCAUAAAAAAUUGGAGAUAAAGGUAUACUAGAAAAGUUGUUACAAAGAAUUUUGGCUCUUCAGCAUUUUUGCCACCUAGCAAUUCUCCAGCUUUUGGUGGCUGAUAUGUAUUUCGUUUAAUAUUGCCGGUAAAGAAAUGAAGUUUCAUCGAUUUUUCAGUCAACCAAUAAUUUCAACUCUACUGUAGUUUUUGCCGUGACGCCUGCUAUGUAAAUUUAGCAAAAGCGUUUAUGAGCGACGCAAGUCAUCGGCGAGGCCUUUUUCUUUUUAAUAUACUGUGAUGCUACAAGUUAUAGUAGUGCUAAGUGUCUUUACCCGUGCAGAGACGAUUUGCCAGAAAUUUGGGCAAAAUCACUGCCAAGAAUGCGAAACGUCCACUUCCGUUUGACGUGCGUUGCUCAAAAGCGUCUUUCCUUACGCGUCAUAAUAUUUUAACAAAACCUUUAAAACCAUACCGAUUUCGCCCAUAUAACCCAGCUAUUGUAUGUCUUCACGGAUAGUAAUCGCGCACAAUACUUUUUAGUUCUGUUAUAGGAGGGUUUCUCUCCGAUAGACUGGGAAGAAGAAAACCUCUUGUCAUAGGAUCAGGUACAUUUGCCUUUUUUGUUCGCAUUGUAAGCUUGUUUUUUGGAGAGUUACAAAUUUGUCAACUUGUAAAAAUCCUAUGUGUGGUUCUCUUUUUCAGCAAUAUUAAUGAGUGUCUGUGCUGUCAUAUUGGCUGGAUUACAGGGGAAGUAUGCUUUUUAUGCAGCAAUGCCAGUGGCCUUGACUUUCGGUGAGAAGUUUAACAACUUUAUACUUUUAUAUUCGGUUGAUGUCCGCAUCUAUACAAAUCAAGACUUUUUCCGUUAGAGCAGCUUUUUCACCUACUAACAAGCUUGGUUUGCAUAAUUUGGUUAUUACGGUUGAAUUAAAGCUCCCUCUGAGACCACAUCUGAAGGCAACAACAACAACAACAACAACAACAACAAAACAAGAAAAGAGCUCAAAUCCUCAUGGGCCAAAAUUUCUUGCUGAUUGUCAACACCCCCACCCCUCGCACAAAUCUUGAUGUUGAUGUAGUUAUUGGUUGUAUUUGACAGUGUAUGUGAAUUCCCUUGUGUUUUCAGGGGUGGGCUUUGGAGCGUACUGUGCUGUAGAUUUUGCGCUUGUAAUGGAUGUACUUCCUAAUGACAGAGAAAAGGCCAAAGAUUUGGCAGUCUGGCAUCAGGUGAGUGAGUAAAAUUUUACUAAUGUAAAAACAGGUUUCGUGGUUGGAAAGCAGUAUUCAAAGCUGUCUUUUGAAAUUUCGUUAUGUUGUCAAAUGCCAAAAUUAAAAAAAAAAGAGAAAAAGGAAAGCUGUAGUACAUCUGCUACUAAACAGCAGUCAUUAUAAAUGAUCACUCUACGCUUCAUCCUUGGACUCGAGCGUACAAUGCACGGGGGAGUAAACCUCACCAAAGUAGCCUGCAAACAAGCUCUCCAUUUGAGGGAUCCGCGUGAAGUCACGCGUGAGCCGCGGCACGCGAAAGGAGAUGCGAGCCGCUUCUCCCGCCGUUCUAAAUGAAGAAGUUGCUCGCAGGCUAUGCCAAAGCAACUUUCAUUUGUUUGGUUNAAGAAAAGAGCUCAAAUCCUCAUGGGCCAAAAUUUCUUGCUGAUUGUCAACACCCCCACCCCUCGCACAAAUCUUGAUGUUGAUGUAGUUAUUGGUUGUAUUUGACAGUGUAUGUGAAUUCCCUUGUGUUUUCAGGGGUGGGCUUUGGAGCGUACUGUGCUGUAGAUUUUGCGCUUGUAAUGGAUGUACUUCCUAAUGACAGAGAAAAGGCCAAAGAUUUGGCAGUCUGGCAUCAGGUGAGUGAGUAAAAUUUUACUAAUGUAAAAACAGGUUUCGUGGUUGGAAAGCAGUAUUCAAAGCUGUCUUUUGAAAUUUCGUUAUGUUGUCAAAUGCCAAAAUUAAAAAAAAAAGAGAAAAAGGAAAGCUGUAGUACAUCUGCUACUAAACAGCAGUCAUUAUAAAUGAUCACUCUACGCUUCAUCCUUGGACUCGAGCGUACAAUGCACGGGGGAGUAAACCUCACCAAAGUAGCCUGCAAACAAGCUCUCCAUUUGAGGGAUCCGCGUGAAGUCACGCGUGAGCCGCGGCACGCGAAAGGAGAUGCGAGCCGCUUCUCCCGCCGUUCUAAAUGAAGAAGUUGCUCGCAGGCUAUGCCAAAGCAACUUUCAUUUGUUUGGUUGCAGAUAAAAUUUUUUUCAAUAGACUCGAGCUAAAUAACUACCCACUGAAAUCUUAGAAUUGUCCAUGUUGAGACUGGAAUAUGUCUAUUUUUGUUUUUACAGGCUUUAGUUCUACCACAAGCUAUAGCCACACCCACUGGAGGUAUCAUAUUAGACAUGUUUGAAAAGCUGAGAUGUGACAUCGGUCUUGGCUACAUCAUACUCUUUCUUGUAACAGCUGUCUAUUUUGUCCUGAGUGGAAUAUUUGUCUUCAACAUCAAGAAAGCAAAGUAG